GGUUUUGAAACUUAAACCAAAUAAACCCUAAUUCUUCAGAAAAUCAGAGCGAUUCUUCUUCUCUCCUCUCUGCCUCAGUUCUUCAACUCCGUAGCUGUAUCUUCGCUUUGGAUUGGAGCAAUGGAGAUUGAUAGAGAAGAUGGAAGAACGCCGAAUCAGCUGAGACCUCUUGCUUGUUCCCGUAAUAUCCUUCAUCGUCCUCAUGGCUCUGCUAGUUGGUCACAAGGGGAUACAAAAGUUCUAGCUGCAGUUUAUGGACCUAAAGCAGGAACGAAGAAGAAUGAAAAUGCUGAGAAGGCUUGUUUUGAAGUCAUAUGGAAGCCUAAAACUGGGCAGAUUGGAAAAGUAGAAAAGGAGUAUGAGAUGAUAAUGAAAAGGACAAUACAGAGUAUUUGUGUUUUGACAGUUAAUCCAAAUACCACCACCUCAGUGAUAAUUCAGGUUGUACAUGAUGAUGGUUCUCUUCUACCGUGUGCGAUAAAUGCAGCAUGUGCAGCGCUUGUCGAUGCAGGAAUCCCUAUGAAGCAUCUCGCUGUUGCUAUAUGUUGUUGCCUGGCUGAUAAUGGAUAUCUCGUACUCGAUCCAAACAAGCUUGAAGAAAAGAAAAUGACGGCCUUUGCUUAUUUAGUCUUUCCAAAUACAACUCUCUCUGUUCUUCCGGAAGGAUCAUCAGUAGCGGAAGGCGAGCCAGUAGAGCAUGGGAUCAUUACAUCAGUUACCCAUGGAGUAAUGUCAGUGGACGAUUAUUUCCUGUGUGUAGAGAACGGCCGUGCUGCUACGGCUAGUUUAUCUGCAUUUUUUAGAAAGAACUUCCAACAAAGCCAAAAAGAUUCAUCCAAGGCCGGGUAAAGAGCACAAAUUCAUAAUGGUUUGCAUGAGAUUUUGACGGUUUCAUAUUUCUCCUGUUGUAGCUUUUAUAGAAUCCUUAUCGUCGAUGUGUCUAAUCAAAUCUUAAAUGCUGGAGGCCUAAGAAUCUAGUAUCGUUAGAUAUGUGAACAGAUGAACCUCGUAUCUUUAAUACAAAUGGUAGCCAUGGUCAGAGCUAUUGAUGUAUGAAUCUGACGAACUACUUGAUUCGUCACUUCUUCAUGA